UCAUGCUCCUUACAGCCUUCCUCCUCCUGUCCCUUUUCCUCCAAGGCUUACCACAGAAGACCGAGCCUCUGAGCAGUGACAAAUCCCAGCCCUUAUUCCGAGGAUCUGACCGCUAUGACUUCGCCAUCUUGGUGGGACCAGCUGGGUCAGAAUGCUUUUAUCACUUUGCCCAUCAAAACUCCUAUUUCUACUUUGGCUAUGAGGUUCAAUGGACAUCUGGAGUCAUGCAGGACAGGAAGGUGUCCGCUUCGGCCCACAACCCGCAGGGGUUUCUGAUCGAGAGUUCCAAAGAUGGAAGUGGACAAAUCAACUUCCAGACCAAGGAGACCGGGUUCUAUCAGCUGUGUGUUAAUAACUGGCAGAACAACUUCGGUUCAGUCCAGGUGUACCUAAACUUUGGGGUAUUCCAUGAUGGGGAGGGACCUGAACACGAGCUUGAAAACCAAACAAAGAAGCUGAAUGACACACUGGCUACCAUUGAGACAAGUUCUCAGAUCGUGCUUGGUCGCAUCCUGCACAUGUGGCGAUAUUAUAACUUUGCCCGCAUGAGGAGAGGCUCCGAUUACUACAGAUUGAUGUCCAACUACCACUACGUGAACUGGUGGUCAGCUGGUACCAGCAUCCUCAUCGUGGUCUCAGGGGUCCUGCAGCUCUACUUCCUGAAGCGCCUGUUCAAUGUCAAGUCCACCACAGAGACACAAAAGCCGCGGUGCUGA